UGUCUCAGAUAAUUGUUCAAACCGUCCCUACAACAGAAGCGUAGGACCUCAGAACGCGGCGGAGGCUCCCCUCUCACCCAUCGAAGUCGAGAAAUUACCGCUUCGCCACAUUCGUUUCUCGGAUCUCCUCAUAAACCGAAUCCCAGCACCUAAUGCUCCUUUAAGAUCCCGCCGAAAUGCGUUCCCUUCCCUUUCCCUUCCCCUGAUCACAACCGAGCUCUAAAAACUCCCUCUCUGGCACGAAUGCUCACCGCCGGCGCUCCGUCGGUCUUCGCUUUUGGUUUAACUGGUCGACUUUGGAUCCGACGGCCAGGCGGAAUGUCCUGCUUGGGGCUGCGGUCACGUGCGCGUUCGACGUCGGCUGGCGGUAGGGCGGCUGUGUGUAUGGACUGCUUUCGGACCCCAGUGAUGAAAACGGAGAAGAAAGAUGGAGUGGAGAUUGUUCGGCGCAACGGGGAUCUCUGGGCCGAAGGCAUCGAAGGCUCGUCCUCCAAGACGGGAAUCCCGAAGCAUCUUGUUGUCAUGGUGAAUGGCCUUGUUGGGAGUGCGGAGGACUGGAGGUUUGCUGCGGAACAAUUCAUCAAGAAACUUCCCGAUAAAGUUAUUGUUCAUCCAGGAAGUGCAUGCAAUUCUUCAAGAUUGACAUUUGAUGGUGUUGAUUUGAUGGGCGAGAGGUUAGCUGAUGAGGUUCUUUCAGUUGUGAAUGAAAAGCGUGGUAUACUGAAGAUAUCUUUCGUGGCACAUUCAUUGGGAGGUUUGAUAGCAAGAUAUGCUAUAGGCAGGCUUUAUGAACCUUCCAAUAGUUUCUCUUCUCCUGUUACUACCAACCAAUUAAAGGAAGAUGAUAACUGGCAAGGCACUAUAGCUGGGUUAGAAGCUAUGAAUUUCAUAACAUUUGCCUCACCCCACCUUGGUUCGAGAGGUCAUAAACAGCUUCCUUUCCUAUGCGGGCUUCCCUUUUUGGAACAAAGAGCAUCUGAAGCUGCACAUUUGAUUGUUGGAAGAACUGGGAAGCAUCUUUUUCUUACCGAUGAUGAUGGAAGGCCUCCUCUUCUGCUUCGCAUGGUUGAUGAUGGUGAAGAUAUUAAGUUUAUGUCAGCUCUACGCUCUUUUAGACGCCGGGUUGCCUAUGCUAAUGCAAAUUAUGAUCAUCAAAAAGAUAUGGUAGGAUGGCGAACAUCCUCUAUCAGGCGUCAACAGGAGUUACCAAAAUAUCAUCUUCUUGUAGAAGAUGAAAACUAUCCGCAUAUUGUCCAUGUUGACAAAGGAGAUAACAAGAAUGCUUUGGAAGAAGCAUCGUCUGAUGUUCUAGCUCAGAAGUACGACUUGGAAGAGUCAAUGAUUCAAGGUCUCACACAAGUACCUUGGGAGCGUGUGGAUGUUAGUUUUCAGAAAAGUCGGCAAAGGUAUAUUGCUCAUAAUACCAUUCAGGUCAAAAGCUACUGGUUGAACUCGGAUGGUGCUGACGUGGUCUCACAUUUGAUAGAUAAUUUUCUCGUCUAGUUAUCACCAAAUGAAAAGUUUUCUUCCUCUGUUAAAUGCGUUUAUUUUGUUGUAUCUUUGAUUUGUAUAGUCCUCUUAUAUAUAUGUAUGUAUAUCAUUGUAUGCACGAUAUUGUAUUCACAUGAUACCUGGCUAGUAUAAUUAUUGUUGUUGUUAAU